AUGGAAAACACCAAUCUUACCAUGAUCAGUGACUUGGCACUUGCACAAGAUGACUACACGAUCAAGGUUCGAGUCAUUUGUCUGUGGAAACAGAUUCGUAUGAUUGGAAUGAUAUUGAUGGACGAAAUGGGCUCCAAAAUUGAAUGUAAUGUGCAUAAACCAUUUGCAUCAUUGCAAGGAAAAACUUUGGAAGAAUAUGGUGAUUACUACAUUCAAAAACCCACAAUAGGGUUAAAUAAUGGUGCUAUAAAAUACAUCCUUACACUUUUCGUUGUCUAUAAUAUAGAUAUUAUAGGAAACGUUUUCCAAUGUUUUCCAUUGGAACCUCCAAAAGACAAACAGGAGCAAAAAAUCACACUAAAAAUGGAGGAUUUAGAAGGACAUGAAGUUUUUGUUACUCUAUGGGGAGGUUAUGCUGAUGAAAUUGUUGCAUAUGUUUCAAAGCAUCAUUGUCAUUUUGUAAUGAUUAUUCAACUUGCUAAGUUCAAGAAUAUCCGACAGCGUCCAUAUGUCAACAAAAUGUACUUGGCUACAAAGCUUUUUAUUGAGGACGACAUUGAGGAGAUAACUGCUUUCAAAAAAAGUUUACAAGCAAGAAAAAACUCUUCGUGUUCUUCGGUCUCACGUGCAUCCGGAUCAUCGAUCAUGUAUUCACUACAUGAUGAUUUUGUUCAAAAGAACGCCCUUUACAAAAUAUCCGCGAUUCACGAAUUGAAUGAGGGAAGUUGUGCAGUAAUUCUUGGAACAAUAAAGAUGUUUGAAGAUAUGCGGAAUUGGUACUAUAAUGCGUGUACAAAAUCCAAGUCAAAGGUUAUUUUAAUGGAUGUUCCAAAUGAGACGGUCAAUGGCUUGGACCGGUUUGAAGAGAAAAAGAUGAUGUUUUAUCCAAAAAAAGAUUGCAAUGGCACAGAUGUUAUUGCUGAACCAAGAUAUAUAUUUUUCAAGUUACAUGAUCAAAGUUCGAGUUCAAGGUUUAGUUGGAGUGGUGAGUCUUACAAUGUUUGA